UAAGUCAGUCGUACUUAAUAUUCGAACAGAUACGGUCGGGUUUAAUGAAAACAAAAUAUAAAUUAGCAUUACGAGACGUUUUUUUGGGAUUUGGAUUUCGCGAAACAACAAAGUUCGGUCUCGGAGUGUGGCCUUCUGGUUUCGGUUAUCUUGUGGUUGCUGUUUUGGUUUGAUGAAGGGAAUUUUCGCCGUUUCCCGAGUAUAACGGCUUUUCGUGGGGAACUUUUGAACCGGUGCACUAUUGGGGUUACACGGGUCAGUUACAAUUUGCUGAAUUCAGCUCCAGUGUUAGAUGUGUUCUGAAUACUAGUAGCUUCUUCUAGCGGAGUUCAAAAGUUUAAAAGUUAUAUGACUACUUGUUUUAAAUGGAUUUGGGAUCCCUUAUAAGUGUUUUUCGAAGAUUGUGAUCACGUGAGAAAUGUCGGAAAUGAAUCUUUGUUUGUGCGAAAUUUACAAUCAUGAAUAUCAUGAAUAAUCCUGUCAAGUGAUUUUGGUUCUGAGAACCCAAGGUUGAAUCCGAACAGUGAAGGUUGAAUCUGAAUAGUGAUUGAUGAAAACGAAAAUUGUGUUGAAUUCCAGUGAGUCGAAACAUCAUAAUUUGUGAUAAAUUUCGGCACAAAAAGUAUAGAGUCCAGAACUCCAAACGCAGUGGAAAAACGGUUGAACCUGUUUGAAAAUUAUCGCCAGAGGGAGAAAAUAUAAACGUUGUAAAAUUUAGGUGCAAGCGUGUAGCGACAAUUUGCAUCCAAUCAGUGGAGUGGCAUUUUUCACCGAAUUUCACCCGGCGAAACGCGGAGAUCAUAAUUCAGACGCUGGAGACCUCGUGUGCGCGCUCUCUCACACAGUGAGACGCCGCGAAGACCAAGGAAAGACCACAAGAUCGUGCGGAAAUCGUCCAACGCCAACAAGUCCAACGCCAACAACAAUCGCAGAGCUGACAAUCUUGGCCCCGAUUUUAUAUACCUACAGAUUUUUUUUCGGGAAUAUGCACUUUGCUGGAAAGAAAAAUGAAUAAACGAUAGUGUCCGUCGUGAAAACCCUAUCUGUGAUAAUGUCAAAUAUUUUACCCGUAACUAUAGUUCUUAAAUGUACCUGAGUAGUGUUAGUAUUGAAGGUAGAAAUAAGUGUUCAAUUUUCCCAGCGACAAAUGGCAACCAAGCUUUAAUUAGAAUGAACAAACCAGACUGCGGAUGGUGGGCAACCAAAGAUCUCAUGCAUAAUAAGCAGCAGCAGCAGCAGCUGGUCGCCUCACCGAGCGCUUGGCCAAGUGUUAUGCAGGCAACGAGUCCUUCUGACUGGUCACGGUAACGAGAAUGAACCAGGUUCAGAGUGAUCUAGUGAAAUCAGCAUUAACCGCAAAAGCAGCCAACCAUAUCCUGGCCCAGACCACAAUUGCCAACGAUCUGGACCUGGACGACCACACUUCCGUAGAAACAAUCGCUAAGUUUUGUCCUCCCCUAAGCAACAACAACAACAACAACGAUCCCAGUAGCAAAAACCAAAACCCCAACGCUUCGAGUCUGGCGUCGAGUCCGAUCAGCGUUGUUCAUAUGACAAACGUCAGCGUGCCGCAGAAGCUUCUGGUCCCGAAUGGGAAAUCGCAAGCCCCGGCCAUUCCAUCUGCCCCGGACGCCCGAGCCAAGCAGGUCCUGAAAGAGGCCGUUGACGCCGUUGUGAACAGUUUCGCCAAACACACCCAAGGAUACGGUAGAGUGAAUGUAGUCGAAGCGCUACAGGAAUUCUGGCAAAUGAAGGCAGCCCGCGGAGCAGAUCUGAAAAAUGGCGCGCUAGUGAUAUACGAAUCCAUCCCAUCCACGAGUCAACCCUACGUAUGUUACGUCACCCUACCGGGCGGUAGUUGUUUCGGAAGUUUUCAGAAUUGCCCUACAAAAGCAGAAGCUCGACGUAGCUCCGCCAAGAUAGCUUUAAUGAAUUCAGUUUUCAACGAGCACCCCUCCCGGCGGAUAAGCGAUGAGUUCAUCGAGAAGGCCGUACAGGAAGCGAGGGCCUCCUUCAAGGGCGACAAUCCGGAAGAAGACGGACCGGACACGGGAAUCGGUGCUUUUAGGUUUAUGCUGGAAACGAACAAAGGCCGAACGAUGCUCGAGUUCCAGGAACUGAUGACGGUGUUCCAGCUGCUGCACUGGAAUGGUUCCCUCAAAGCCAUGCGUGAACGGCAAUGCUCGAGGCAGGAAGUGGUCGCCCAUUACUCGAACCGAUCCCUGGAUGACGAAAUGCGUCAACAGAUGGCCCUGGACUGGAUCGAGCGGGAACACGAAAACCCGGGACUCCUCAGCAGGGAACUGGCCAUUGCCGAAAGAGAACUAGAGACUGCUCGGUUGGCCGGCCGGGAGCUGCGAUUCCCCAAGGAGAAGAAAGAUAUCCUCCAGAUGGCUCACAACCAGCUGAACGGGGGAAGCAAUAUCAAUAGCUGAACGUUGACUCCAUAAGUUUGCUAAGCAUUUUUAGGAAAUAGGAACGAAUUUUGAAGGUUAAACGCUAAUCCAAGAUAUCUCCCGUUAAUAGUGAGCUUGGAAUACAAUUUGCCUUUCGGGAUCAAAACGUGUGAAAAAUUCCUUAUUAAUAUAAUGGAUUUGUUUUUAUGCAUUAAUAAUUACGUUUUUUGUUUGAUAUAUAGUAUUCUAAGAUAAACGCAAACGAACAACAUGUUUUUGCUACGUACCCAGAACAUAAGCUCAAGAAAAUGUGAUUUUGUUUCUAUACUUAUUGUACGAUUUGAAAGUUAUAACCCAUAUUCGGAAACUGUGAACAAAGUUUAUUGGUGGAGGUUUAAUUCUAGCGAACUAUGCUCUCUUUCUCUACGCUAUCAUUUUCACAAGUAAUUUUACUUCUCAUCAUCCAACUCGUAUAUGCAGUCUAACGCAAAUAUUUUUCAACCGGUUGAUAAAUAAAUCAAUAGUUUAAAAUAGCAAGUAACAAACCAUCCAUAACCGCACAAUAAUCUUAUCUAACCUUUGAUCGUCUGCUUCGACAAAAAAAAUAGCUAAGACCAUUGGCUGGUUGUGGAUGCACCAUAAUUAAGCAAUAAUAUUGAAUAUGACACAAGGAUUGUAAAUACACCAAGCAAUAACUUUCGUCUGAAGUUGUUAAACUGAACCAAUUUUUAAUACUUUCAACAAACAUCUAACUAGUAAGAAGUUUUAUCUUUUCCAACAAAAAAUUCAUUUCAGCGAGGCUGGCAGAAAAAAAAACAAAAUCAUACGAUUAAACUAAAAGGAGGCAGACAUUUUUUCGAUAUGCUAAAAUCUAUUUAUUCAAACGAAAAUGUGAUUUUAAUGGAUGAAAAUUUAGUUAGAGAAGGAAAAAAUCUGAUAAAUCAAACGUUUUAAUUUAUUUUUAUGAAGAAAAUUUUAAAUCCGUAUAUUUACACCUAAAAUUAAUAGUUUAGACAAUGUUUUACCUGUAAUUUACAAAAACAAAACCUUUCGGCCAAAUUUAAUCUUAAAAUUGAGACGAAAAUUGUGAUUUAUACGAUAACCUAAAUUUUAAUAUAUUUUAAUCGUAAUAUAUAAUCGAAUGCUUUUUAAUCACUAAGCGAAUGGACAAAAAAACAACUGCACAGUCGCAUCCCCAGGAACAGACGCACUCUGAUGAACACAAAUUAACAUCGAAAUAAUCAGAAAUAAAUCUUACCAGUUAAUUACCAUUUAUUGAUUGCUUCUAAUUAAAUCAAAAAUCUUUUUACCACCAGAAUGCUGAAUAUGUAAAAAAGGUUUUUUUUUCUUGCGAUUAAAAGCGAAUAAAGAGCUGCAUUUUAAA